GACAGCAGAGAGGACGGACUGGCCUCAGCGGCUCACACCACCGACCAUCAUGAACCGAUAAACAACACGGCUACGGGCGAUGUUCAGAUUUGUUUCUCAAUGGAGAUGGACAUGAUACCAAAAUUCACCUCAAAAGAUGAGGAAAUUGACUUCUGGAAGGCUCUUUCCCUCAAGUACAAGAAAGGCUGCCAGGAGGCCCAGGAGGAGCUGCUGGAGUUUCAAGAGGGGAGCAGGGAGCUGGAGGCCGAGCUAGAGGCUCAGCUGGGCCAGGCCGAGCAUCGCAUGAAGGACCUACAGUCGGAGAACCAAAGACUCAAGAAUGAGGCCGAAAACCUCAAGGAGAAGCUGGAGCAGCAGUACUCCCAGAGCUACAAGCAGAUCUCCAUGCUGGAGGACGACCUCGGCCAGACACGCAGCAUCAAGGAGCAGCUCCACAAAUACGUCAGAGAGCUCGAACAGUCCAAUGACGACUUGGAAAGAGCCAAAAGGGCCACCAUCGUGUCUCUGGAGAACUUUGAGCAGCGCCUGAACCAGGCCAUCGAGAGGAACGCCUUCCUGGAGAGCGAGCUGGAUGAGAAGGAGUCGCUGCUGGUGUCUGUGCAGAGAUUAAAGGACGAAGCCAGAGACUUGAGGCAGGAGCUCGCCGUGCGGGAGAGGCAGGCCGACGUAACCAGGAUGUCGGCUCCAAGUUCACCCACACAGGACAAUGUGAAGAUGGACAGUGCUGUCCAGGCCUCUCUGUCCCUGCCUGCCACCCCACUGAGCAAAGGUCUGGACAACGCCUUUGCCAACACAACAGGUCUAUCGAACGGUUACGGCAGCAACUCGCCGCUCACUCCCUCCGCCAGAAUAUCGGCCCUCAACAUCGUCAGCGAUUUACUCCGGAAAGUUGGGGCCCUGGAGUCGAAGCUCGCCGCCUGCAGGAACUUUGCCAAGGACCAGAAAGCGAGGAAGGCUUACGGCCUCGACAACAGCAACGCGCUGAACGCGAACACGGCCAGCUACUCGCAAGCGCUCCACACAUCGUACUUUGACAAAGCGACUGAGAUGGUCACGUUCCCUGCAUUAAUUCUGGGAGGAACAUGAACGGACUGGAACCCGGUAAACUGACGGCCAUCACCGCCCCUCCUGCUGCCUCCUCCGGUUUUGUGCCGCUCGCUGUGUGACGGUAACCUCCACUGAAACCGACACAGGGCAAAGAGAGAGAGAGACGACGCAAAUGGCUGUAAAACUGUAAAAUUUAAGUCUCCCCACACCGUCUUGACACUUGUGCUUCGUCCCCCACUGUAUUUAUCGGCCCCUGUCUGUUUAGUUUGUGCUGCUGUAUCUGCUGUUUGACCACACGGCUCACAAAGACUAUAAAUCUCUGUAGACUCGCUGAGGAUCUCCCCUGAUUUGUGGUUUCUGGGAUCAGUAAGUCGUCCAAAAAAUAUAUAAAUAUAAUGCAACUGCUGUUGAAAGCUUUGAGGGAACAGUCCUCUAAUGUUUCAUUAACCCACAUUAAUUAAUGGGUUGUGUGGAAUAAUUUAGAGGAACUUGUCUACAUUGAAUAUUAACGUUAUAAAACAUGUUAAACUUGAUCUAAAAUGAAUUUGGCUUUUAGCUGUAACUUCUGUUAGGUCUCAAUGCCUCCUAAAAGAAAAGGGACGGUGAGUCUUUGUGUCACUGUUGCGGGUCAAACCAUCUAACUUCUGAAGUAGGUGACAUGACGUGUGCAGUAUUGGUCAUAUUGAUCGUUGUUGAUAACCAGCCGGUAACAUGAUGGAUGCGUCGUAGUGUUCAGACCAGUUUAACCAGCGUUUAUACUUUCUGUUGUGUUUUAUCCGACUCAUUACACAAACACACUUUCAGUUCCGCAAGUGAAGCACUUUUGUGUGAACUUAAUUUUUUUUAUUUUUAUUUUUUUUCCCCUUUCAAGUGCAAUAUUGCCUGUUUGUUAUCGUGGGUUUAAUUUAUUUCAGAUUUCUUUUGUAGCAUGUUUCAAUAAAACAUGUAAUUAUACUCCACCUCCUA